AUGAAACUCAUCAUUAUUGCCCUUCUAUUUUGCUUCUUAAACUUUUGUGCGUCGGCGCCGAAACAAAGCCUCUUAGAACAAGCCUAUUUGGACAAACUUAACAAGCCCUGGUUCACACCGGACUCUCCCCCAGAAUACCCGAGGAAGGGCGAAGGCCUAUGCAAAGGGAAGUCUUGUAAAGUAAACUGUGAUGACUGUCAAGUGAGCGUGCCAUUGGAUGUUAAUUGGGAAUACGUACGAAAAUAA